AUGAACGGAACGUCUGCGAUAGAGAUGAAGCUUGACGAAAGUGCGAUUGUCCUGCCCGAUGCGCCGCGGCUGGCAACGGCUUCGAAUCGCGCUUUUGACGCCCUUCGAGACGACGACCUGACAACUCGCAUGUUGCGCUUCUUGUCCACGGCUUCGCCAGAGACACUUGGUGGAAUAGUAGUUGGGCUGGCAGCAUCUACAUUUCUCGUCCUCGGACGGCUUGGGUUGCUACUGAUUGGCGCCGUGGGUGGCAUUGUACUACACGCAGCAUGGGAGCGACAGAGUCAUGCCGUUGAUUCCAUAGAGCAUAUGCGGAAGGAGAAGGGGUUGGACGUUGUGAGGAGAAUAUUGGAUUUAAGACAGGCAAUGAAACCUGACGACGAGACUGCCAAGGAUGAUGAGUUGGUAGGGAACAGCUUUGAAGAUUUUCAGCCAGAGACGGCUGCAGCACUGAAUGAACUGGUGGAUGCUGUUAUGAGAGAUUACGUGAACUGGUGGUACCAGCCUAUACUCCCUACCGAUGAAUCCUUUCCAUUGGCUUCCCGUACUACUCUGACAAGCUUUAUACUUGCCAUAGCACGACAUCUUUCUCGGAAACGACACGCCGACACAUUCCUGGACUUUCUCACAAAUUCAUCAUCCAUCGUCAUUGUCUUCCUCAACGAACUGUCCGCGGCCAUAUCGGCAUCGCAGGGAGAGGUUCCGCCGGCUGAUGCUGUACAUGCAUACCUUUUCGCAAAUCCAGCAUCAAAUCUUGCCAAUAUAUUAAACGAAAAGCAGCAGUCCACAAAGUUCAAAAUGGUGGCCGAGGACCUUCUUCAAACCUUUCUAGAAAAAUCAACCUAUGAUUGUGAUCCUGCCAGACUAUUCUUGAGGGAGAUUGUAGGAGGUCUGGUAUUGCCAAUGGCCCUGACCAGAUGCUCGAAGCCUGAAUGGAUAAAUGGAUGGAUUGUGCAUCUCCUCGAAGACGGCGAACCGGACUUUAGCCAGGCCAUAGAUGCCGGUAUGGGAGGCAGAAGUAGCGAUGAAUUUCAAAGUGGCCCAUUCCAUGACAUCGACGGGAAUGUCGGUAAUGUCGGACUUGUAAAAGCAUCAACGGUAGAGAAGCAGACUACCGAAUUGAAAGGCCACAGGAAACGGCUCAGUAAGGCGGAGGAGGCGAUGGAAGAAGCGAUGGAAGAAGCUCAGAGGUUAUCACAACUUAUAGCGGAGGAGGACGCGAAGAGGAUCCAAAGCCAGGGAGAUCCCUCAGAAGAUGGUCCUGUGCCUCUGGUGGAAGUAGUAAAGCAAACCGCUCAAAGCCUGCAUCUUGAUAAAUCACCACUUAUUUCGACAGGGAUUGGCAGUUCCUCAGAUGCAGAACCCAAUUUCUCCAGCGGUGCCUUCAAGUCCCGGCAAACAGUAGCGAGUCCGGACGGCAAAUCUAUAGAGCUAACAACUCCUGUGUGUCAAUACUCAACUGUGCAACCGCAGUUCCGAGAUAUUCUACCGACACCACAGCCAUGUACCUCGCCUCCACCGCACCACACAACAGCUUUUACAAGCUUUGACCAACUCGUCCCUGAAGCAGCCCUUCAGGAUGAAUCCCCCAUUCGACGCAGGAAAACGGCGUCUUUGACUCUUCAUAACGCAAAUAUAAUUAUUCAUGACGAUUCAACGAGCUCUGAUAAGGGUAAAUUGCGAUCCAAACCAAAUGCGGAAUAUCUGGUGCAAAUCGAGCCUGCAUCAUCAGAUCAUCCUGGUUGGAUGAUUGUCAGGCGAUAUCCUGACUUCGAGACUUUGCAUGAAGUCCUGCGACGUAUAGCACUGGUGUCCGGCGUAAAGGCCUUCACGGAGCAACACCAAAGUCUUCCCAAUUGGAAAGAGCACACGAAAUCGUCACUAAGGGGGGAAAUGGAACGCUAUCUUCGAGAUGCCCUGUGGUACAGAGAACUGGCAGAGAGCGAGGGGAUGAAGCGAUUCCUUGAGAAGGACCAGGGGCAAACAUCUUCAACAUCGAAGAAUGGUUUCUCGGGCAUCGGGUGGCCGACUCCUUCAGCCUUCGAAACGAUGGGAAAGGGCAUGCUCGAUGUGCUCACAAGUGCACCGAAGGGCGUUACGGAAGGCGGAAAGGCUAUUGGAGGUGGGAUUACGGGAGUGUUCACAAACAUUGGAAACCUGGGCCAGAAAAGGGUCGUAAACGGUACUCAAGUCACUGCAAGGUCACCAACAUCAACACUACCCAGAAUGAAUAGUAUGAAUUCUAUGGUUGCAACUUCCAGGUCUGGCCGAGCAAAUGAUGAUAGCCUUCGAACAACGCCAAUUGUGUCCACGCAACCUUCCAUACUGCCAACAAUGCCACGACAGACCUCUGUUGUUGGAGGCGAGAACGAGCGAGAACCUCCGGCAUCUGCAAGGUCAUCGAUGAGUGGACGGCGGAGCUUACCUCAGAGCCGGGAUCCCAGCAGAGCUCCGUCUUCAAGAACAGGUACCCCUCUAUCAUCGCCUACUCCUGGCGUAACGGGCGAUAUGAAGCUGCCACUUCGACUCGGCGAAUUUGCAGAUGACUACGGCUCCAGCCCAGAAGAUUUUUCGAUGGGAUCCUCGCGGACAGAGAGCAAUGUCAGAACAUCCACGAGUACAGCACCCUCCCAGCCAUCUCCGGGGCAUGCGUCGCGGUCUGGAAUGCGAAGGUCGUCCAUCCAAGCAGCUUCCGCUCCAACUCGGAGAUAUCAGCCUCAACGGGAGCAAAUGCCUCUGACGGAGCCGGAGACUAAAGUUGCGGUUGAGCUUAUGUUUGCAGUUAUCAACGAACUAUACACGCUUUCCUCUGCGUGGAACAUCCGUCGCACCUUACUCAACGCAGCCAAGACGUUCCUAUUGAGGCCAGCAAAUCCGUCAUUAGCUGCCAUUCAGUCUCUCAUCCAAGAUUCUGUCAUAGCAUCAAAUACAUCUGACACCGGUGUCGCGGCUCACAUUAAGAACAUCAGGGCAAACGCCUUACCGACUGAAGAUGAACUUAAGCAGUGGCCUGCGGAGAUGUCAAUGGAUGAGAAAGAGAAGCUCCGAGUCAAGGCACGAAGGUUGCUCGUUGAAAGAGGCGUCCCCACGGCUCUGACAGGCGUCAUGGGGCAGGCAGCGACAGGCGAGGCGAUGGGCCGAGUUUUCGACUUUCUGCAAGUAGACCAGGUGGCACGGGGUCUAAUAUAUGGCCUGCUGCUACAAGGUGUACGAGCUAUUACACAGUAG